AUGUGCAAAGAUCAACCCCCGGCCAGCGACGAGGGCACUCUGGGAGGUCCAAGACACAGUACGAUCGGUCCUGAAGGCUGCGGGGAGAAGUUCGAAUCCUGCCGCUACCUCGGAAGCCUUGACACCUGGAGACUGGGUCCUCACCCGCAAACUGCCUGCCGGAUCGGCUCUGGAACCGCGGUGGACUGGGCCCUACCAAGUGAUCCUCUGCAACCCAUCGGCCGUGAAAGUCGCAGGUGGAUUCUAUCCCGCACCAAUGAUGGCACCAUCAUACAGACCUUAACUUGCUAUGGCCCGCCUACCUUCAGGUUUGACCUCUGUGCCCUCUUAGGAUCGGGAUGGAAUAGAGAUAGGCACCUGCAGGACCCUGUGACGGGGGGGGCAGGCACUGCCCUACUAUUCCCAUACCAGCCACCCAACAUGGAGCAGGACAAGCCCCUUCCCAUAGGCCCCAACCCUGUCCUCAACCCACGGGCCAAGAUAGAUCUGAUUCCGUCUGCUGAGCCCUCUGCUACACCAGGGUCGGCGACUCUGAAAACACCCGGUGCCCCUGGGGCCUCCAUACUUGACACCCUUACUGCGGUCCAUGCAUUCUUGAAUUCCUCCGACCCCAAUGUCACUACCGCCUGCUGGCUGUGUCUGAACCCGGCUCCCCCAUACUUUGUAUGCCCAGCCAUUGAAAAGGCCUUUAAGAACAUGACUUCCAAAAUCUAUGCUUGGUCAACCUUACCAGUGCCAAUUGGAUCCAGUUCCCUGGGUUUUGAGGUCCUGUCAUCUUCAAUUGUGGAUAGCAACUUUGAGCUAGAUCUGAAUGCUAAGUUUCAGGACCCAGCAGGAAAGCUGAUCAAGGUCUUCAAUGAUUCCCAGAGCUCUCUGACAGUGCCCCGGUUGGAUGGCUUUGGGUUCAGUUUCAUAGUGAGACAGGAUGUGGUGAACACCGCCAUUGGGGUACUGCUGCCCCCGAGGGAGCUAACGGUUCUUCUGGACUCUGUGCUUCCUGAGUUGGCUCGUCAACUAAAAUCAAUCCUCAACAAAAUUAACACAAAGGCUUCCGUACAGUUGGAACCGACCCAGAUUGUGAAGAUCCUCACCCAGGAACCUCCAGAUAUCAUCCUGAAAGCUGGCAGUGCCAGUAUAGCCCAGCUGAUUGUAUUUGAGGUGUUCGCUACCAACCAAGCCGCCCAGCCUCUUUUCACUUUGGGCAUUGAAGCCAGCUCUGAAGGUCAGUUCUACAUUGAAGGGAGCAGACUCUUUCUCAACCUCAAAGGAAUCAGCUCUGAACAUAUCCAUCUGAUGAACUCGGGAACAGGCUUGUUCAGUCCUGAACUUAUGGAGAACGUGAUAAAUGAAAUCUUACUCGCUGUGUUGUUGCCAAACCAGAACGGUUUAUUGCGAAAUGGAAUUUUCUUGUCUACCUUUAAGAACUUUGGAUAUGAUGAAAUGAAAGUGAUUCCUAUCCAGGGUGCACUCUGGAUCAUGCCAUCCUAAUUCUAGAAUAUCUGCCACUCUUGGCUCAGCUGAUCCAUCUAUAAAAGGAAGUCAGAGGAAACGGAGAUGAUGGCAGAAGGAGAGAUCACCAAGUUUGCUCCUAAAUCAGACUUCAGGGGAGCUGAGAGUGGGAGAACACAAGAACUUUCUAGUCUGUAGAUGUUAUAACUUAUCAAUAAACAUGUUUGU